AAUAAAGUUCGAUCACGGAACAACACUAACACACGUGUAAUGUACGUUCCCCUGCUUCAUCGACUUUUAUCCUUUUAAUUCAGGCGUUCAAACGUUUUUUCUCUCUCUAGUUGUCCUCUUUGCUACGUGUUCCCAGACUAUCUUUUAUUAGAAGAGCUACUCGUUUCUGCGUUUAAGGACUAUCCUUUGUGGAAUGGUGUAUGACAAAUAUCUUCCUCUCCUCGAUCAUCACUUGAUUGCUCUCGCUGCACAACUGAAAUUAUGUGUUUUUACAUCUUUUUCGUUUCAGAACUGCCGCGGCGAUUUUUCAUUUAGCGCUGUCGCACACUUGGUUACCUUACUGUCACUCAUCACAAACUCUGAGUUCACUAUGUUUACUGUUGAUGAGAGUGAAAAUGAUACAAAGGACAUCGAAAUAGCUGCCCGUUUUCGUCAGCACAUCCUUCGCGACCCCACGGAGACUAUUUACGACGAUGAUGCGCGGAUCGUUUUCGAUCACAUGCGUGGCCAAAGCAAUUCUAUGGUGUACAGAUCUACCCAGUACUCUUGGCUUGUCGACGCUGUGAAUAAUGACGAAUUCGUCCAAUUCUAUCUUCGCUACGUCCGAUUGCUAUGUGAGACUUCAGAGACGGAUUAUUUGACCAAACCGAAGAAUCAUGCGACAAGCAAUUUUAUCAAGCUGCAGAUGCUGGUAUGGAAUGUAACCGACAAAUCGGACACGUUAUGCUUUAAGCUGGCUUUGAAGGAAUUGCCCUUCUUCCUUUUCCUGUUGCUCAAGGUGCCUCAGCUACACCCUACCACUUGUCUCACAGAAACCAACAUUCGGUUACUCGUCCAUUCUUCUAUCGGCGUGCUUCACAACAUCAUGAAUCAUGUGCCCAACGUGAGAGCAAGUUACCGUAAGUACGGUGGCUUCCGUGCCUUAUCCCAGUACGUGACUGCCACCAGCACGGACGGAUCGCGGGAUAUCAGUCAACAAGCUCUACUGCACUAUCUGUCGUUACGCACUGCUGCGUUACUUGUUCUGUCUUUUUUGGUGGAUGAAAAAGAGAAUGAGUCGUUGCAUACUAAUGAUUCAUACAUCGUCUACUUACUUUCCGCCUUAGAUGAUGCACUGAGCUCUUCCUUCAACCUUUACUCGACCAAGUAUGGUUAUCAGGCUGAGGAGCUGCUUGCUGGGCUACAAAACCUUGCUGGGCCAGACAGGAACAAAGUUGCCUUAAUAGCCAACGAUGCAAUGCGGUACAUUGAAAAAGCAUUGCUCGUCGCAUGCGAGAUGAAGUUUCCAUGCGCACCUGAAAAUGCUACUUUCCCGUCCACAUACAACACUUCGCAUGCAGACUCGUUGGCUGAGAAAUCGUUAGAAUUCUUGUGGUCACUCACUUUUAUACCGGAAAGUCAUUCUUGUUUGACGCCUGGGUCGGAUUUUCGCCGCUUGUUCGAGCGGUUUGCAACGGAACCAGAUUGGUCUAAAAACUGCCGACGCGUGGCCCAAGGCGUUCUAUUCAAUCUCCAAGCAUCCCGUGUCCUCUCACCGCUUGCCCCUGGGGACAUAGUAUCUCAGAUGGCGGUCGACAGACGACAGCCCCGUCGUCGUGGUCAUUUGAUGGUCAGUUACCAGCAUAGCACCAAAGAAAUAAUGCUAAAAGUCCGAGAUGCGCUCAUUGAACGAGGCUACUUGAUUUGGAUGGACGUGGACUAUAUGCGUGGUUCCUUUGUCGACGCAAUGGCUCAAGGCAUUCAAGAAGCCUCGGGGAUGAUCUUGGGCGUAUCACAGGCGUUCAAGCUUUCCCCACAUUGUCGUCAAGAGGUCAAGUACGCGUACAAUCUGGGCUUGCCUCUGUUUCCUUUGCAACUGGAGCCAAAUUUUGUCGCCGAUGGUUGGUUGGGACUGCUUUUAGCAACAAUCAUCCACAUCCCCCUAGCGAACGAAUCGAUGCUGCAUACUGCAAUGGAUAAACUUACAGAGCAACUAGGCGAUUUGGGUCAUCGGUCCCGGGCGGCCUCAGACCAAGCAGCUGAAUACACCAGACUCUUGAGCUUUAAUUCUAUCCUGGAGUCUCCUGGUUCUCCGCACUCACCGGCUGUCCAACCCGACAGAAAGCGCAAUUUUCGCGCACAUUCAUUGCCACAUGAACAGACACGUAUUACUUCACGCGAUGAAUCGUCUACAUCCGACACCGCCCACAACGUGGCACCUCUCCCUGCGCUCUCUUUGGCAGCUUCUUCCCCACACAACCAACCCAAUCCGGUCCUAUCCAUUUCACCGUGUGACGAAACUCCCCGGUUUUUAUGCUCAUGGGCUUCCACUGACCUAUCUCGUUGGGUAGAUCAGGUGGGUUUGUCACAGUACCAAGCUGUGUUGUCCGAUCUAACUGGACCUAUGCUUGCUGAACUGGUUCGUCUGCGUUUGGUCGCUCCGGAAAGUCUGUGUACAAGUUUGUAUCGGGAUUGGCACAUGCCCUUAGUCGACCAACUACGUUUAUUUGUUGCUUUAUCUAGACUCAGUGUGCCAAACUCUCAUACUUCACACGCUCAACCAUAGGCCAAUACGGUCUCUCAGUUUGUCCCGAUCUCCUCCCUUCUUUUUUAUUGCCCUUGUGCCUUUUUGUGACCAUGGGGCUUGCGCCGUAUUCUCCCCAUCAGAUCCAAGAUUGUACUACUAUUUUGAAUUUUUGUUUUAAUUUUGCCGCUUUUUGCGAGCAAGCACGCUUAUAUCCUUUUAACUAAGUGUUUUUCUAAGCGUCUGCACACAUUCCCUGAUGUUUUCCUUUGAUCGUUUCCGCCUCAUAUCCUUCCCGCCAUCUGAAUGCUAUCUCUAUCACUGGUGUCAUCUCUCUUUUGAACCUUUGAAUUUGAAGGUUUCGUGUGCAUCUAUCUUUGAAGCGAAGUAUAUUUGUAUCAUAUAAUUGGAAUAGUGUUAUUUAAGCCCAUUGAGUGGGCUACUGUAAGGGUGGAAUCUGUUGGCAUGGGUGAUCUCUACUUGAUGAAAGUGCUCUCCUUGCAGCCCUUCCUAUCAUCGUCACAAAUCAUCUCCAUUCUCACUUCCUCUAUACAAACUGAACGGAACAUACCUCUUCGAUCAACCUUCUCGAACGAAGUGACUCUUUUCUAUCACCUAGUUUACAGUUUAACACACCCGUUAGACUGUGGUCCCUUGCUCAGUUCGUGCAGUUGCUUGCGUUAUUCCAAAAUUUGUUCACUGGUCCUCUUACUGCUUUUGCACACCGGUUUCCCCGUCUACAGCCUGCGUUUCUCAUCCCACAUCUCGCUAACAUAGAUGUAUACUAGAACACACAAAGAAUACCCUUUACAUAACAGAACCACUGUUAUUUC